AUGAGUAUUCGUUCAAUUACUCUCGCAGCUCUUGUAGCUACUGUCGAGGUCGUGGCUCAAGAUAUUAGCGUCGAUAUCCCAAGCAACCUUGCCACGAGACCGCUUGUACCUGAUGUCUACGGGUACUCGGUCGAACCAGUAUGGGUUAACGACUACAUUAGCACGCCCCUGGCUAAGAAUCUCCUAAGCGCUAUCGCAAAGAUAACUGGCAAGCCGCCGCCAAUUCGUGUUGGCGGCAACACGGCCGACCAGACUUAUCUACACGACAAGCUGUCGACCGGGAACGACUCAUUCGCCAUCCCGACUCCCCUCACCGCGAAGCAGUUCAACAUCACGCCGAGCUGGUACGACAGCUGGGCAAACUACUUCCCGGAAGACACGGAUAUCAUCUACACGCUCAACCUCGCCGUCAACGACUCGGCGUGGUCCAUCGCCGUCGCGCAAGCCGAAGCAGCGCACAGGUCCCUCGGCAAGAAGCUCGUGCAGUUCGAGCUCGGCAACGAGAUCGACCACUUCAUCAACAAGCGCUGGCGGGACCACACCUGGGGCGUCGCCACCUACAUCGAGCAGUUCCGCAACAUCACCGGCCAGAUCCUCAGCUCGGACUGGUACAAGGCGAUCGACGACGACGACGACAGGCCGACCUUCCAGGCCGGCGUGUUUGCCGACCCCCCGUGGGUCCCCGACCAGCAGGACGAGGUCGACGAUUUUAGCAUCGAGAAUCUGACGCUUGUCGAGAGGAGCGAGGAUCGCGAUAUCAUCGGCAGUUAUGCUACGCAUUUGUACCCGCAGUCGACGUGUGACGGGCCGAGGUGGCUGCGGAUGAGGUUGGAUCUGCUGUCGAACCAUACGGUGCUUUGGCAAGGUGAGUUUUUAAACGUUUCCCAAUACGCCCCCCAAGUCGCUGCGGCCGACAAAGCCGGCGCCCACCUAGUCAUGGGCGAGACCAACUCGGUCUCGUGCAGCGGCAAGAGCGGCAUCAGCGACACCCUGGGCGCCGCCCUCUGGGGCGUCGACUACGUGCUGCUGGGCGCGUCCGUCGGCAUCCGCAAGACGUACUUCCACCUCGGCGCGCAGAGCGAGUACAGCGCGUUCACGCCGAAAACGUACGAGCUGAAGAACGAGACCCUGGGCCCGGGCAUACGGGCUAAUUGGUACGGGCAUUAUUUCGUGGCUAAGGUCGUCGCUUCUACUACCACUACUACUACUGCGGAAGGAGAUGAUAAUGAUAAUGAUACUGAUGAUCAGGAGUUGAGUAUUGCGGCGCUACCGGGGGCGAAUAGCAGUACGUUGAGCGGGUAUGCGGUGUAUGCGGGCUCGGAUGACGAGGGAGAGGGAGAGGGACAGCAGCGCUCCUUGAGGAAACUGGUGUUCCUGGAUAUGGGCGUAUGGAACGGCACCGAGGGUCUAAGCAACAACUCUACGCUCAAGGCUACGGACGGCACGUCGUUUAGCAACGGCACGCGGCCCUCCACGACGAUCAGGGUGGCGACGCCGUGGGCGGCCGGGCGCAAUGUUAGCGUUACGCGGUUGACGGGGCCGGGGACGAAUGCUAAGAGCGGUGUUGCGGUGGCGGGGGUUAUGUUUGAUGGGACGCUCCAUCGGACCAAGUUUUCAAGUCCCAACGUCCAACUUCCAACUUCCAAGUCCCGUAAAGAAACCAUCAUCACCACCGCGUCUCCAUCGCAUCUUCUACCCACCCGCAUACCCGCCCGCCUGCCUCAAUCUCUCCGCGGAAAACAAGAGAGAACUGUCAUCUUGGCACGCUACUGCAGCAUGGGAUGGGAUGGGAUGGGGGGCCAGGUACGUACGUACGUAGACAUGUCCUCAUCGACUGCAGCCAUCCAGCCUAUCGGCGACGGACCCAUCUGGAUCCCAAUAUCCGGGGGUAGCAUGAGAGCAGGCCGGCGGUGA